AUGAUCUCCACCAGAGCAGCAACACGGGGAUCAACAACCUCAAAGCGGGCUACAGCUCAGCUCAUCAAAUCCUUCAAGAGCUACAAUGCCGGCUAUCGACCCACCUUCGUUGCGGUACAGCACUUCCAAUCGCAAGUUGGCCAGAGGCACUUUACUUCAUCACCCAACGGUGGAGCAAAGAUCAAAGAAUUCUUCGAGAAGCACCCGACAGAGAAGGUUCGCAAGACGCAUGCAGCAUGGCCUCACCCAGUAUACACCGAAGAGCAGAUGAAUCAAGUCACAAUUGCCCACCGCGAAGCAAAGACCAUGUCUGACAAGGUCGCCCUCAUCGCCGUCAAGAUCCUACGUUGGGGUCUCGAUAAAGCAACUGGAUACAAGCAUCAGAAGGCUGUGGACGUGGAUGCUAAAGAUCCACUGGCCAAGCGAAAGGCUUUUGCCAUGAACGAAGAGAAAUAUCUGAUCCGGAACGUCUUUUUGGAGAGUGUUGCUGGCGUGCCCGGCAUGGUAGCUGGCAUGCUUCGACAUUUGCACUCAAUGAGACGAAUGAAGCGCGACAAUGGAUGGAUCGAGUCCCUACUCGAAGAGAGCUACAAUGAACGAAUGCAUCUUCUCGUCUUCCUGAAGAUGCAACGGCCAGGACGCUUCAUGCGCCUGAUGGUAUUGGGUGCCCAGGGAGUUUGGUGCAAUGCCUUAUUCUUCGCCUACCUCUUGAGCCCUCGUACCGUCCACCGAUUUGUAGGAUAUCUCGAAGAGGAAGCCGUCAUUACAUACACCCGCCAGAUCGAGGAUCUUGACGCAGGCCGCCUGCCAAAGUGGGAGAAGAUGGAGGCACCCGAGAUCGCGGUAGACUACUGGCAGAUGCCUGAAGGCCACCGCACAAUGCGAGAUCUGCUCCUCUAUAUUCGCGCAGACGAGUCCAAGCAUCGAGAAGUUAAUCACACAUUCGGUAACCUCGAUCAAAAGGAAGACCCUAACCCAUAUGUGAGCGAGUACCGAAACCCAGAGGAGCCUCAUCCGACAAAGGACCUUGCGCAUAUGAAGCCUACUGGCUGGGAGAGACACGAGAUCAUCUGA